AUGAUCGUACCCGCUAGUCUGGUGCGUGUUGCUAUUUAUUUAUUUAUUUUUUGGGAUAUUGAGAUUUAUUUCAGAUUUUUGAUAUAUCUGAGGUUCGUUUUUUGUGUUUCGAUUAAAGCCAAGUUUUGUGCAAUCCGGAAACGAAUGCCGUUUUUUAUCCGAAAUCGGGCGCAGCGCAAUGGUGCAAGUGGCGGAAAUAAGCUCAAAAGAAAGCUCCCCCAGGCAUUCAAAUUAUCAAAACGACAAGCGAAGCUGGCGAAUGAAAUUAUUUCAUCGGAUGAGGACAAUCUCUCCAAUGAUGAUGAGGGCAAUAACAAAUUUGCGGCCAGUGACGAGGAACAGUCACAAGACAAGCAUUUUGCAUUACAGGCCGAGCAAGAAGUUGAGGAAGGGCAACCUUAUGAUGAGGAAGCAAUCGCCAGUCGAUUACGGGAGGAUGCUUUAUCAAAGCUUGCUACACUGCACAAAUCUGUUGCCGAUACAGUAAAACUGAGUGGUACGGCAGUACAGUAUCGAGCACAUAGAUAUUCAACUGUUGCUGUUGCUAUUUCGCAUGAUGGUCGAUAUGUUUUAAGCUGCUCCAAAGAUGCCACGUUGGUCAAAUAUGAUUUGGAAGAAGGAAAGAAAGUGGCAACGCUGAAACACAAGAAGGGGAGUGAUCAGUGUCAUCAGGGACAGAUUUUUUGUAUUGCAAUCACGGGCAGCGAUCGUUACGCUGUUACUGGUGGAACUGAUUCAAUC